AUGACAGAAGACAGAAAGCUUGAUCUCCAACAUAUGAGGGAACUUUAUGAGCUGACUGAAGAACCACUUCCGGGAUGUCCACCAUUAGUGAAACAGUUACCUCUAGAGGAAACCUUCUCCUUCAGUUAUGAAUUCGACCUUGAGGCCAAGAUAGUGGCAUUAACAGCUGAUGCUACGUUCGAAGAACUCAUUUAUGGUGAAUUUCAUGACAUCGAAGAUAUGAAAAAUGUUUUUCACCGAGUGUUAAAUGUGUUUCCCGAACCAUCCAAUCUAAACAGGUGGCGAGAUGAUGUACUGUUCGGAAUGCAGCGUCUUAUGGGUGUAAACCCUAACGUCAUACGUCUUUGUACAAAGAUUCCAGAAAAUCUUGCAGUGGAUGAUCAUAUGUUGAAGCCUUUCCUAGAAAAUAUGUCACUUUCCCAAGCUCUACAGGAGAAAAGAAUUUUUGUAAUUGACUAUAAGAUACUAGAGAAAGUAGAUCCGAAAGAAGGAUACGUUAUAACCGCUCCUAUUGCGUUGUUUUAUCAGCGAUAUGAUGGAAAUCUAGUUCCUGUUGCCAUUCAGCUCUUUCAAAAGCCUGGUGAUGACAAUCCUGUUUUUCUACCAAGCGAUCCUAUGAACACGUGGAUUUUGGCGAAAAUGUGGUUUAACGUAGCCGAUGCAAAUUACCAUCAGUCAGUUACCCACCUUGGUUUCACUCAUUUAAAGAUGACAGGUAUUGUCGUCUGUACCCAUAGACAAAUGCACAAGAGUCACCCAAUUUAUAAACUGCUGAUGCCACACUUUCUUUACCUUUUGGCUAUUAACCAUGUUGGCAUUCCACUACUCUUAGAUCGAAAUGGUUACGUAGACAAAGUUCUUACUCUAGGUUCAGAUGGCAUGGAAGAGUUAAUAAAACACAAAAACAGGAACUGGCGAAUGGAUAUAGAAGGGGACCUGCUAUCUGAUCUGAAAACACGAGGAGUUUAUGAUCCAGAUAAUCCAAACUUGCUGCCGCAUUACUACUACCGUGACGACGCCUUGAAACUGUAUGAAUGUAUUCAUUCCUAUGUAAGAAAGUACCUUGACCUCUAUUACAGGUCAGAUGGUGAUGUCAAAGAAGAUUAUGAGCUUCAAAAUUGGAGAAAAGAACUGGAAACGCCGACAGAAGAGCAAGGGCUUGGCAUUCUAGGUGUCUACGGAGUAGAUGGCAAGUUCACCACCAAAGACCAUGUAUAUCGCAUUCUGACGAAUAUAAUUUUUACAUGCAGUGUACAGCAUGCAGCAGUUAACUUUCGCCAAUACGAGGAGUACGCAUUUCCACCAAACUAUCCGGCAAGCCUCCGAGGACAUCCGCCACACAACAAAGAACAUAUAGAUGACGGACAAUUACUGAGAAGCCUACCAGAUGAAGAAACAAUGUACAACACUAUGAUCAUAACGAGAGUAUUAAGUACGCAAGGGAUGAAUAAGCUAGGUGAUUUUGAGGUGGAAUAUAUCACCGAUAAAGAGGCGCUCAAAGUAGUUGCUGAAUUUCGGUCAGAUCUGAAGAAGAUAGCCGAGGCAAACAUCAGAAGCAAUAAGGAAAGACGUCAUGAGAAAUAUACCUGUUUGAAUCCAAGUGCUGUGCCAAACUCUAUAAGUAUUUAAAUUUGCAAUAUCAUAAUUGAUAUUUCAGUUCAUAUACCAUUUUAGAAAAAAACUUUGAAGUCAAGAAAGUUUUAUUCUUAAACUCAGUAUUAUGAAGACCAAAUAUAAACUAUUUAUGUUGUCUAAGUGUAUCAUAGCGUUGCAUUAUGUUAUUGUCGGGAAUGCGUGAGGUUUGAAUGCUUUAAUACAUUCAAUAAUAUAUCAUUUCGUGUACAGACUAAGACUACAGACUACAGAUCUAAUACAAAACAUAUUUUAUACUUAAACAUUAAAUUGAUACGUUUCCAUUCCAUUCACUUUUGUUUGGUCUACAUUAACGGUUCUUUUCAGAAAACUUUCUUUUUUGUCUAUAUCAUGUUAAUUACCUUUAUUAAAGGCAAACCUCUUUUUUCAGAGCUAUGUAAUUGUGUACGUUUUCUUAUUCUGUAAUCAAUCUUAUUUUGGUUUUUGUAUCCUUGAAAUUAGCAAAAUGAACGAACCGCUAUUAAGCCUAAGUAUAAACUUAGGGUGGACGGAAAGCUCAGUGGUUUGCGCACUGGCUUUCCAAUCCUGAGGUCGGGGGUUCGAUCCCCGGCAGCUACUCGGGAAUUUUCAGAAACGCUUUUCAGUGUUUCCCACCCAACUAGAGGUGUACUGGUCAGGAACCCAGGCAAUCCUUGCGUGUAUCAGUGCUAUACACUGGGCACGUUAAAGAACCAGGCUGUCUAUUCGUAACGAGCUAGGCUAAGUUAGCCGGACAAGCCUGUAUCUGAUUUCUGAUCUCUCUGUCGUGGGGGCUUUGUCUCACUCUGUCCCUCUGGUCAGAUCGCUCUGUGUUUGUACUAGUAGAGGAUGAAUUAUGCGCCCUGUGUGGCUGCAUUGAACUAUGUAAAGCGCCUUUGAACGUGAAAUUGAUCAUGAAAAGGGCGCUAUAUAAAUCUGGUAUAACAAUAAACUUUUUCGAUUGAGA